AUGUUUUUUUUAAAAAAAAAACAUAAUCUAAUAAAAAGUAUAUUAGUCGAUCAUGCCAUCCUAAAUGUGUUGGAUGAGAUCAAAAAAAUAGAAGGAAAAUAUAUUGAUAUUUAUACAUGGCUUGAAGUUCCUCCAACUUCUUCAUUUUCUGAACUCAAUGCUAUCCUUCGACGAAAGACAGUCGAAUGGCAUCCUUCUACAAACCCACGGUAUACUUCUACCUUUAAAUGUCUUGAAAAGGCUGCCCCUCUUUUGCGCAACCCUGACAGUCGUGAACGCAUUGAUCAUUUUUAUAUCUAUGGCAUUCCUUUUUGGCGUGGCUUCAAGUACCAUUUAAAUCAAUGUCGCAAAAGCUUUUGGGUUAUGAGUAUCGUUAUGAUAUUUAUUACUGGCAUGAUGGAGUAUAUGUCUGUUUACUUGGCGUAUCUUAAAGAAGCUCACAUACUUCAUCAGUUUAUCAAGUCGAGUCAAAGAUUGAUUGAUAUGAGUCCUCAGCGCGUACAAUUCAAAAAUCACAAAAGCUAUAUUGACCUUGGUGAUCGUGUACUUACCUGUAAAAUACGAUCGGAUCGGACCAUAUGGGUGAUAAACGAACAAGGCGAAGAAGUAUUAUUUGGAUCCGAUUGGGUAAAGAGGCCAAGUAUGAUAGAAAACAUAUUUUGGAUGCGAUGGAGUUCAAAGUUGCAAAAGACAAUCCUGUCCAAGACUUAUUCUGUAAAAGACAAGAAGAAGUCCGGGCUACACCAACAAGUGAAAGGUUGA